AUGAGCGAUGCAAAGCUUGGAACUUGUGAUCCAGAGAAAAUUCCAUUGCGAUACAGAAAAAAAACUAAAGACAAGAAUAAUCCUAGAGCAGAAAUGGUGGGUUUUGGACAUGGAGAGUCACUCAGCAAAGCACUUGCUGAUGUGACGACGGAGCUCACCGUUUAUUCAGAAGAUUCGGAUGAUGAUAAUGAUCAAGAUACCAGUCAUCUUAUUUCUUCUUCGCCGAUGAAUUUGCAGCCACGUGUUAGCUUUGAGGAAUCCAAAAAAAAUGGAGUUAAGACCAAGCGUACGGAGAUUGAAAGAGAAAGUGAAAAUGUUUGGACUAUUUCUGUCCAGAUGUUUAUUCCUUUUUUACUUGCUGGAUUCGGGAUGGUCGCAGCGAGUCUUUUACUUGAUGUCGUCCAACACUGGCCAGUAUAUCAAGUAGUAUCAGAGGUGUAUAUUUUGGUACCGGCAUUAUUGGGGUUGAAAGGAAACCUCGAAAUGACUCUGGCCUCUCGGCUGUCUACCCACGCGAAUCUGGGUCACAUGGACACAGAGAAGCAGCAGUGGACGUUAAUAAUUGGUAAUCUAGCGCUGAUCCAAUGCCAGUCGAUGGUGGUUGGCUUAUUGGCGUCCUUGGCAGCCGUGAUCUUCGGAUGGAUACCAGAGGCUCACUUUAAUAUUCACCAUGGACUAUUAUUGUGUGCCAGUGCACUUGUCACAGCCUCUGUUGCCAGUUUCCUGCUUGGUCUUGUAAUGGUCGCGGUUAUAUUGCUCUCUAAACGGAUGAACAUUAACCCUGACAAUGUUGCCACCCCAAUUGCUGCAUCGCUCGGUGAUUUGACAACACUCGCGUUACUGUCAUGGGUAGCCUCCCUUUUGUAUCGAUCUAUCGACAAUCAACCAUGGAUUGCACCCACUAUGAUUGUCUGCUGUCUAUUAGCGACGCCCGUUUGGGGAUAUAUUGCUGCUAAGAAUCCUUUUACCAAAGAAGUUCUUAACUAUGGUUGGAGUCCUGUUAUUUCAGCUAUGUUAAUCAGCAGCAUCGGUGGAUUGAUAUUAGACUUUACAAUAUCUAAUUACAAAGGCAUAGCUGUUUUUCAAUUGGUAAUUAAUGGGGUUGGAGGAAAUUUAGUUGCUGUGCAAGCAUCAAGAAUAUCGACAUCUCUUCAUUUAGAACAACACAACGGAAAAGUGGAAAAACCUUUGAAAAUUUGUAUUAGCCCUAUUGAUGCAUUUUUAUCUCCUGGUGGGCAUUCAAGAAUUGCCAGAAUUUUACUAAUGAUGGUAAUACCUGGUCACUUAAUAUUUAGUUAUACUAUAAGUUAUCUCCGAGCAGGACAUACUUCCUUUACGGCGACAUUUAUUGUCGUGUAUCUAUUAGCGGCACUUUUACAAGUAAUUUUACUUUUAUACCUCGCUCAAUUGAUGGUUGUUUGGAUGUGGUCGCGCGGCAUGGAUCCUGAUAGCUCAGCGAUUCCGUAUCUUACGGCUGCUGGUGAUUUAUUGGGAACAGCAUUGUUAGGUAUCGCUUUCUAUAUUCUUUACGAAAUCGGUGAUAAAGAUUCAGAUGUCGGAGAUUAA